CCUUCUUUUUACAAGUACGCCUAAAAGCUUGUGUAAACAGGAGAAGCGAAUGGGAGUUACUGUAGUUGUUCGUCGAAAAGGGAUUAUCGUGUGGGAUUAUAUGUGUUAGUUGUACGAGUUUUAAAUGGAGCUAGAGGUUAAAAGCACAACAUACGGGUCCUGUGGUGGUUAUAGCUACUAACUGACCCACACGUCACAGCAGCUGGAGUUCGUGCGGCUAACCUGUUAGUUAGCGGUGUUAGCAUAGCGAAACCGUAGCUCUGAUAUCAGCCUUUUACUCAGUAUUAUAUCUGCCUGCGCCUUAUUUAUUUGACUACAUUACGCCGAAAUAGAAAAUAGAGAAGAAAAAAAGCGUACAAUGUUAGCUACUAGUGCUAAGCUUGUUAGCUUGCUAGCUAGGCGAACUUGACCAGCUAAGGUACAACAGUGCUGCGUUAGCAACCGGAAUAAAAGCGCGUGACAUGGUAAACAACAAACUUGUCAAGUUUAUUUAUUUCCUCUAACCAUCAGCUCCGAAGCCAUAUCACGGGACAUGUAUAGGUAGAUAGUGAGCAGUGUAGCCUUAACCAAAGGCCGUGUGAUUUUAAAGAAACAAUUGAAUAUAAAAUCAACGCAGAAAGCUACAAGCUAAUUAACGUCACGAGUCUAAGAUACACGUCGUGGUUUGUGGUCUGAUUUGGUGGUGUGUGUGUGUGUGUGUGUUGGCGCAGCUGCAUUACUACCCCAUGACCCAAACUGGAAGUUCUGUUCAUCCAGCUGUGCCACCGGAAUAACAAUGUCGGACAAUCAGGGUAACCUGAACAACAAUAACGUGCCUCUGAACAACAACAAUGGCGCGGCGAACCGACUCCGAAACCCGAACGUGAAUCAGAACCCACUCAUCAAUGUGCGGGAUCGACUCUUUCACGCGCUCUUCUUUAAGAUGGCAGUCACUUACUCCAGACUGUUUCCUCCAUCUUUCCGGCGGGUUUUCGAGUUCUUCGUCCUUCUGAAGGCCUUGUUUGUUCUCUUCAUUCUGGCCUACAUCCACAUCGCCUUUUCUCGUUCUCCUAUUAACUGCUUGGAGCACGUUCGUGAGAAGUGGCCACGCGAUGGGAUCCUGCGUGUGGAGAUCCAGCGCAAUUCCAGUCGUGCACCAAUAUUUCUGCAGUUCUACGAGACUGAGGGAUUUCAGGGGCUUGUCAAAGAGCCAAACGGGGACACGGAGGACAUCAGCCGAAUUCCAGUUCACCAAGAGGACGAGGACGAAGAGGAGAUGACGGUUGACAUGUUCGACAACAGCUCUGUGAGGUUCGAGCUAGACAUUGAACCACAACUGAAGCCUUUGGUGAGCAAUGGUGCCCAAGGCUCAGGCUCGAAUGACACCCAGGACCUUUCCUUCACCCAGGCGCCCUCUAAAGGUAUGCAGCCGCUGAGGGAGACUGUCUCCGAGAUUGAGAUGCUUACGAGAGCAGUGUGGCCUCAAGAGGAAUACAUCGUAGAGUAUUCCCUAGAGUACGGGUUCCUGCGUCUGUCUCAAACCACUCGACAACGUCUUAACAUUCCCGUUAUGGUGGUUACCCUGGACCCAGUAAAGGACCAGUGUUUUGGAGACGGUUUUAGCCGUUUCCUCUUGGACGAGUUCCUCGGCUAUGAUGACAUACUGAUGUCCAGUGUUAAAGCUUUAGCAGAAAAUGAGGAAAAUAAAGGAUUCUUGAGGAAUGUGGUAUCAGGAGAACAUUACCGUUUUGUUAGUAUGUGGAUGGCACGUACCUCCUACCUGGCUGCCUUUGUAAUAAUGGUGAUUUUUACAUUGUCUGUGUCCAUGCUGCUCCGUUAUUCCCACCACCAGAUCUUUGUUUUCAUAGUGGAUCUCCUGCAGAUGCUAGAGAUGAACAUGACCAUUGCAUUCCCAGCUGCUCCUCUUCUUACUGUAAUCUUGGCUCUCGUUGGAAUGGAAGCCAUCAUGUCUGAGUUUUUCAACGACACAACUACAGCAUUCUAUAUCAUCCUCAUCGUGUGGUUGGCGGAUCAGUACGACGCCAUCUGCUGCCACACCAACACGAGCAAGCGCCAUUGGCUCAGGUUCUUUUAUCUCUACCAUUUUGCAUUCUAUGCGUACCAUUACCGCUUUAAUGGGCAGUAUAGCAGCCUGGCUCUUGUCACGUCUUGGCUCUUCAUUCAGCACUCCAUGAUCUACUUUUUCCAUCACUAUGAGCUGCCAGCCAUCCUGCAGCAGAUCCGCAUCCAGGAAAUGCUGCUGCAGAACCAGCAAGCUGCUCAGGGCAACCAGACGGCAUUGCAGGACAACCUCAACAACAACACCACAACUAAUGCUGUGGCACAUGCUGGCAGGCCAGCUCCAGCCGGCUCAGUCAUUGCCAAUGGCCAGGAGCGCCAGUCACCCCUGGUCCAGCCACAGGCUGAAGCUUCUAAUGGCCUGCCUUCUCCCGCACCAAGUGAUCAGGAUUGGAUGUCUGAGACGGCAGCCAUCAUCACAGACGCCAUAAUCACGGAGGCACUGUCAGCCCCGCUACUUGAGACUACAGCAUCCACUACAGGCAUCAGUGUGGCAAGGAGUCCAGAUACAGCAGGAGAGAGUCAAGAGAGAAGCGAAAUGUCAGCUGGACCCAAAGAAGUAGGAGGGAACGAUGAGGGAGGAGCAACUCCUCACGUCACAAACUGCAGAGAAGCAGAGGUGGACAAAACAGACACGUGUCAGUGGGACGCCAAAAAAGAGAGCGAGAGUCACACUGAGGCAGCAACAGCUGGCCCUCACUCCGCCCCAUCCUGAGCUCAACUCUCACUCGGGUUCAGGUCCAAACCCCAUAAUUCCACCUUUUUACCUCUUCAACUAGCAGCAGCAACAGAGCUUUUCACCCCAAAUGCAUCCGUAAAGCGUCAAGGAGGAAGAUGAUCACCAAAAGCGAUGGAAUGUGAUGUAAUCACAGCCUAGAAAGGAGUGGGGGAAGAGUAAAUGUUUUCUUUUCUUAAGGACUUGAAGUGAAAAUGGAUGCGUCUUGAAUUCCUUUUGAAAAUACACCACAUACGGGGGUGUGAUUAAUUAGAGAGCAAUCGUUUUUUGUUUUUUGUUACGUUUUGGUUCGUUUUUUUUAAAAAGACGAUUGAUUUAAUGAUUGGUUUCUUUAAACACUGGGUGUGUUUGUAUACAAUAAUAUGUUUAACAAUGAUAGAACUGCUAACGGCAUAUCGGGAGUCAUUCAGAGCUCAGCAUCAACCCGCGUUAUCCAGAAGGAACGUCUCAUCUUUAUCGCAUCUGAUAAUUCAUGCCAAAUAGCGAUUAAUCUUUUGAUUGGAUUUGAGUUUUUGAGGUAUAAUGGUUCUUAUGCAGUAGCAGACGACCCAGUAUGAAGUUGAAACCAAGCUCUCACCUGGAAGUAGUUUACCUUGUGAAAGUAUAGUCUUAGUCCACGAUGCCUUGAAGAUUUGUUGUAUUUUAAGUGCUUUUUGGAGACUGCAUUUAGGUGUCAAGGACUUAUUUUUGAACUCCUUUAUUAAGGGAAAAAAAAAAUCUAUUUGGAAAAGAUUUAGUCUUUAUAAUUUCAUUAUGAAUCUGGUUCAGUCUGUUUCUGUGCAAUUCCAAGAAAAUCUGUAAAGGUGUCCUGGUGAAUCCUGUCUGGUUAGAGAGCAAGUCUUGUAAUUUGUGCUGAUAUGUCCUCUAUAUUUAGGGGUACAGAUAUUAUGUUAAGGCUAUUAAUUCCUUCAGCUUUGGUCCUUCAGUUCAGGGUGUUUCAUUUGUGUGCUUUGACAAUGGUCGCCUUUAGCAUGUGGUACUCUGAACCUGUUAAAUAGUGCUAUAAAGUUAUUACCAUGGCGCUAAAGUCUACUCAGAGGGAACAUCUUAAUGCGCUUGAUCUUGUUUUGUUGCUCUUUGCGUAUGUGUAUGUAUGUGUCGUGUUAGAAAAAGCAGCCAUACGAAUGGGUCCAUUUUUCCCAACAAAACCCAUUACGUCAAAUAGUAACUCUAAUAUGGAAUGUAGGAGCACAGAAAUAGUGAAACUUUUUUGUUACUCCCUUACUGCAAGGCCUACAAGACAGAGUUCAAUGUUUAACAGUGAGCAAGACACAAGGUCACAAAAGAGCAGGAGUCAUUAUGUUAGUGUCAGUUAGACAAAAGCAAGCGUUGUCAGAGAAAAGUGAAUAUUUUAUGCACAAAAAAAUAGAUCAGGAAGCAGAAUAAGUAGAGUUUGGAGUAUGCUUUAUAGAACAUGCCUAGCAUGACCGAUAAAACCAACUGAAAGAGUUGAUUGUUUGAGAACAACAGACUUUAUUCUGUCAGAUAGACUAAGCUUAAGGUGUUAGCAGAUUGUCUCUAUCUUUGGCUGAGAGAAGACUGGAAGUGCAAUUUCCUUGGCAGGGUUUCAUUUAAAGGCUAUGCAACAAAAUGACAAGGUAAACGUCAGUGGCUCUGGGAAGAUUGUUUUAUCCAAAACGUGUGCAAUAAGUCAAGUCAGUUUGAGAGAGAUUUUCAGCACGAGUGCGCCACAAAUGAGCUUUUAUGAUUGAUUUUCUAUUUUUUUUUUCCUGUGCCUAUUUGCCUUUGUGUCAUAAUGCAAGACGACGAGUUUCUAUCCGUUCAUCAUAGACGACGAAAACCCACAGUUCUGUGAUGAACUCUGUUUGCUCUUUCAUGCAGUUGUAUUUAAAUGUUAAAAAUGAAAUGCAUAAACAGACAAAAGGAUUUUCCACUCCA